ACAAAAAAAUAGUAAUAGCAGAGCAGAGUGAGUGGAGUGAGGAAUUGCAGAAGGAAACCGUACCUCAUCUUAAGAAUACAAACUUGGAAGAAAAUGGCUUCACGCACAGCCUCUGCGGCAUCGCCUCUCUUCCUUCUACUUUCAGUGUUUGGGUUUAUUAUUGGAUUUGGGUCAUUCUUUGUUACAGGCAUUAAUGCUUCAGCGCAAACCUACACCAACCCAUUACCUGAAACCCAGCAAUCUGAUAGGAUAACUUUUCUCCCAGGUCAGCCCUCAAACCCACCGAUCUCACACUUCUCCGGCUACAUCACUGUCCAUCCAGGUAGGGCUCUGUUCUACUGGUUUUUUGAAGCUCAAUCUCAACCAACCAAGAAGCCUCUCCUUCUCUGGCUUAAUGGAGGUCCUGGUUGUUCAUCAAUUGGAUAUGGUGCUGCUGUUGAAUUGGGCCCUCUUCGUGUUAAAAGAAGUGGAGUUGGACUUAAGUUCAAUAAAUAUGCUUGGAAUAAAGAAGCAAAUUUGUUAUUCGUGGAAUCUCCUGUGGGAGUUGGGUUCUCAUAUACCAACACUAGUUCUGAUCUCACCAAAUUAGAUGACAGUUUUGUGGCCGAGGAUGCCUACCAUUUCUUGGUCAAUUGGCUGAACAGAUUUCCACAAUUUAAAGCUCAUGAUUUCUAUAUAUCAGGAGAGAGUUAUGCAGGUCACUAUGUGCCUCAACUAGCCGAGCUUGUGUAUGACCGAAACAAGGAUCAGAAGAACUAUCCAUUCAUUCACCUGAAAGGUUUCAUAGUAGGAAAUCCUGAAACAGAUGAUUUCUAUGAUUCCAAAGGUUUAUUAGAGUAUGCAUGGAGUCAUGCGGUUAUAUCAGACCAAGUCUACCAGAAAGCAAAACGAGUAUGUGAUUUCAAGCUCCUCAACUGGACAGACCAAUGCAACAAUGCCAUGAACUUUGUUUUCCAACCUUACACAGAGAUUGAUAUCUACAAUAUCUAUGCACCUAUUUGCCUCCUCAACACCACUUCAUCUUCUUCAACUAGUCACUAUGAUGUUCUUGCUUCUCGCUUUAAGGUGAAAGGGAAGAGAAAGAGAAUUCUUGGAGGCUAUGAUCCUUGUUACUCUACAUACGCAGAAGAGUAUUUCAAUAGAAUGGAUGUUCGAUUGUCCCUCCAUGUACAUACCACCGAGAAAUGGAGGGUCUGCAAUGAUUCCAUUUUGAAUUCAUACGACUUUACGGUUUUCUCAAUCCUACCCAUCUAUCGCAAACUAAUCAAAGCUGGUCUAAAGAUAUGGGUUUACAGCGGGGACAUGGAUGGUAGGGUACCAGUUUUGGGGACCCAAUACUGCAUCAAAGCUUUGGGUCUGCCCAUGAAAGCACCUUGGCACUCUUGGUUCCACCACCAGCAGGUUGGAGGGAGGGUUGUUGAAUACGAAGGACUAACAUUUGUGACAGUAAGAGGAGCAGGUCACUUGGUUCCCCUCAAUAAACCAAGUGAAGCCUUGAAGCUCAUCAACUCUUUUUUGUCUGGUGGAAAUCUCCCAACAACACACUAGAAGACUAGAAGUAA